AUGUCGUACGAUCGGUUAAGGGACCUAAAAUUGGAGAGCCGGGGAAUUCUGGGGUUAGUCGUCGGGAUUAUUUCGGUACGACACAGACUCACUGUCUACUUGGAUCUCAGCGUGGGUGCGGCUAAAAAAGAUGGCACAGAUGGUGGAGUGAGCAACUGGAGGGACUCGGAGAACGCGGAGGAGAGAGGUUCCAAGACAUCGUGGCAGGGUAGUGCAUGUCCCGUGCAGUCACGCUUUUCCUCCUCCUUCUGUCUUCUCCUCCACAUUCCACAUUCCACCUCCACUCUCCUCCACUGUUCCACUCUUCCACUGGCAUCGUCCCUCUUCCUCGAUUUCUUGGCUUCUCGGUUGAUUGUCUUCGACUUCGUUGUAAUGACCCCACCGCAUCCGCUGCUGCCUUGGUUGUUUACUGCCCCCGGUUAA